UCCCCUCCCCGGCCGCCGCCAGCGCCGCGGAGCCGGGGCCGCCGCGCCCGCUCCAUGGAGGCCGCGGCCGGGGCCUCGGCGGGGCCGGCAGCGCUCACCUGCUUCUCCUACAACCAGGACUGCACCUCCCUGGCAAUUGGAACCACAACUGGAUACAGGCUUUUUUCCUUAAGUUCUGUGGAGCAACUGGACCAAGUCCACGAAAGCAAUGAAAUCCCAGAUGUUUACAUCGUGGAGCGUCUGUUCUCCAGCAGCCUUGUGGUUGUGGUCAGCCAUGCCAAGCCACAGCAAAUGAAUGUCUACCACUUCAAGAAAGGGACAGAGAUCUGCAACUAUAGCUAUUCCAGUAAAAUACUCUCCAUCCGGCUGAAUCGUCAGAGGCUGGUUGUUUGCCUGGAGGAGUCAAUUUAUAUCCAUAACAUUAAGGACAUGAAGCUUUUGAAGACUAUUCUGGAUACGCCUCCAAAUACAACAGGUCUGUGCGCUCUCUCGAUCAACCACGCCAACUCCUACUUGGCUUAUCCCGGCAGUGCAACCAGCGGAGAGAUCGCGCUUUACGACGGAAAUACUUUGAAAACAGCUUGCACGAUUCCUGCCCACGAUGGGCCCCUGGCUGCUCUCACCUUCAACUCUACUGGCUCGAAGCUGGCAAGCGCUUCCGAAAAAGGCACGGUCAUUCGUGUAUUUUCCAUUCCUGGUGGGCAGAAGCUCUAUGAAUUCCGUCGAGGGAUGAAAAGGUAUGUGAACAUCAGCUCUCUGGUAUUCAGCAUGGAUUCUCAGUUCCUCUGUGCUUCCAGCAACACGGAGACCGUGCACAUCUUUAAACUGGAGCAUCUCACUGACAGCCGGCCAGAAGAACCUCCAACCUGGAGCGGUUACAUGGGAAAGAUGUUCCAGGCUGCGACCAACUACCUCCCUGCUCAGGUAUCAGGCAUGAUGAACCAGGAUCGAGCUUUUGCCACUGUCCGCCUAAACGUCUCCGGACAAAGGAACAUCUGUGCCCUCUCCACGAUUCAGAAGCUGCCUCGACUGUUGGUGACUACGUCAGAUGGAUAUCUGUAUAUCUAUAACUUGGACCCACAAGAUGGAGGGGAGUGUGUCUUAAUUAAGAAGCACAGUCUACUUGGCUCAGGAAAGAUGGAGGAGAACAAAGAAAAUGACCUUCAGCCUCCAUUACCUCAAUCUUAUGCAGCAACUGUAGCCAGACAAAGUACAGUGCCUUCAACUUCGACCAUGCCAGGUUAUUCGGAGGACGGUGGUGCCCUGCGUGGAGAGGUUAUCCCAGAGCACGAGUUUGCAACUGGACCAGUGUGUCUUGAUGACGAGACUGAGUUUCCUCCUAUAAUCUUGUGCCGUGGAGGUCAGCCGGGCAAAGCGAAGAGGUCAUGAUGAGGAGCAAACAUCCGCGCUUAGGCCAGCUGCUGGGAAGUGCUUUGGAAAAGCCAGGAAUUUCGAAGAACAGCUUUGUGAGUCCCCAAGAUGAGAAAAAAAUAUAAAAAUCCAAGGUGGGCCACUGCUUUUUCCUCCUGUUUAAGUGAAUACCUGGCCCUGUUAGCCCUUUGUUCUAAUUCGUGUCUGGGUGGGGUGUCAAUGUACUGUAUGCACAUCACUAUAUUUAACAAACACUAUUAGAACCACAAUGUAAAUGCUGAUUUCAUCAGAUUUGUACGUAACCAGAAUUUUAUAUACCCCUUUGUCCCUUUUCUAAUUUAUGCUGGUUUAUGUGUAUAAAUGUACUUAUAGGAAGAUAUAUUAAACUUAUGUCUUUGUACAGUAUAUACAUACUAUUUUACCCAGGCAAAAUAUUUUUGCAGCGAUAUUAGAGAAGAUGCCAUGUGCUAAGUUUAAAUACAGAAUAAAGUCACGGUCUGUCCCUGGCAGCUCGCUGC